AGACAGCUUGGGCAGUGGGUCCAAUUAGACUGGUGCACGCACUGAGCCGGGUGGAGCUCAUACUGGCACACUGAUGACCUAAAUAAUGUAAAUCAUGUUCUUAUGGGUUGCUAGAAGGCCGGAUGAACAGUUUAAACAAUUACAUAUAUGUGCUUCUAUCCACUGCAUAACAGUGUCAGAAAGUCUGGAAUUCCACGGUUACUGUUCCUGUCAGUCUGCAAGGGAUUAGUAGUGAUUUCCAUAUGUUGAGCCAAUAGGAACCGUCCAAAUGCCACCAGACAGUGCCUGAGAGAGAAAGGCUCCCUAUCCUGUCAAUGAACAGUGGGUUACAACUCAGAAUGUUCUUGCAAGUGAACUAGAAUACUCAAGUUGCUGAUGCAAGGAAGUCAAAAUACAGACUGGAGUGCAGUGGCACACGAACUGUAAAAUAUGUUCUCAACACCAGCACUGAUGAUUCAAAGGAAGCAUCACCUUUUUUGAUCUGCGGCUCUUAAAUAAAACUAUGAAGGGCACUGAUGCCCCAUUGCACUUCUACAUCCCCUUCAGGGGAGAUGAGAUGAGCGAUUUGAGCACAUCCCUCAGCAGGGGUCCAGCUUGCUCUUCAAAUGAACCUCAAGACCACCAACCUGAACAAACCUACUUCUACAAGGAGGAGGAUGCGGUGGAGACAGCCAAACCUGGCCAUGCUGACAAAUUCAAGCUUACUGACUCAUCCGAGUUAGUGUGGCUGAAAGAGUUGUUACUGCUGUGUUCGGAAUACCAGACUUUCAUGAACAUGGGCAACCAACAAGGCAUGAGGAUCAAGACAAAUGUCAAUAGUUUACCAAAAUCUACUGGAAUCCAGAGACCAAGGAUGAGAACAGACGGCUUUGUUGACACCGGUACUCCUUUGCUUCACCUUGAGUCUCCACACCAGCCUACAAAGUCAAGAAGGCUACCUAAACUCUGGAUGACAAGCUCUCCUACAAAUGAGGAGUCACUUGAAAAAGAGAAGCCCUUCAUUUGCAUGUCUGCCACUUUGGGGCAAGAAAGGGAGACAAUAGGCGAUUCAGGGUUUGAAAAGGAUGAUGGGCAAAAUGACUUUAAGCAGUCAUGGAGAGCAAAGCUUUCUGCCCAAGGGUCUUCAUGUGUCAACAGAAAAUGUCCUUUUUCAUGUAGCGAGGAAGAGAUUUCUUCAGAGACAGACCUCUCUGAAUAUGACGACAUCUGCUCCCUUUUUGAUUUGGAACCAAGGACUGAAGACGCUAACGCAAACACGAUACAAUCGAAGGUCAAUACUCAAAAUGAGACAGCGGGACAAUCUUCUCGGGCAGCCACUGCAGCACGCGUAAUGCGAAAGAUUGAGGAGGUGGAAGGCAUCAUCAGUCGGGUGAGUCUCACCAGUUCAAACUGGAUCAAAAGAAAUGGAAACGAUGAUUCUCAUUCAAUGGAAGCCAGAUGUAUGGACAACAAGGCUCUGCACAGCCCCCAAAUCCAGACCCAAGACAAGGAGUGCAAAUACGACAAGCCUCGGCUGGUCGAUGAGCUCCGUUGUUUGGGUGAGGAGCUGAGUGAGAGUCUUCAACGAGCCCUGAAGAUGGAGGGAGAAAACAAAGCGUGGUUGUCAUUAUGCACACAGAGAGAGCAUGAAAUAGUAAAUACGAACACACCUAUGAGAAUGCCAUCAUAUCAUCGGCACAUUUCAACAGUGGAUAACAACUCCUUGUCAAGCUGUUUGUCAACAAGUGCAGGAAUGCCCAAUAGGUCUCCAACAUUGCCUUUAUUCACAUCUAGACAAAAUCAGCAGAAAGACGAUAUCUGUGACCAAUGCACACUGUGGACAAGAUUAGCCAAGGACAGUUGGAGUGAAAAGGAGAACUUAGAUUGGACUAAUCACAGAUGGAGAGAGGAGACACAGACGCACAGUUGCCUCAGUGAAUCUGACGUCGAUCAAGAUGGCCUGCUUUCCUCAGAUGAGGCACUCCAGAAACAGCAGGAGUUCUGGCAGCAGGAGAUCGAGGAGUCCCUGUCGUUCUGCAGGUGGUUCUCUCAUCCCUCUCGACCCGAGCUCAUUGACUUCCUGCGCAUCACCGCCCCCGAAGAGGAUAUCAGCAGGACACCCAGUCCCGUGUUCCCAGACCUAAGGUCAAAAACGUCCUUUCCAGUAGAAGGAGAAGAACGAACUCCUGGCCGUCUCCAAGCAGUCUGGCCACCACCCAAAGAGGAGAAAAUCGGUCUGAAGUAUUCUGAAGCAGAGCACCAGGCAGCUCUUCUGCAGCUGAAGCGAGAAUGCAAAGAAGAAGUGGAAAAGUUACAGGAGGACUUUAGGCAGGAACUCUCCAGACUAAGGCUGGAAAACGAGGUCACAGUGUCCCGUUUGGAGCUCACCCUGGCCGAGCUGCGGACCAAACUCUCCCAGCUCGGCACCUUCGGACGCGGCGAGCUCAGAGACGUGGCCGUGUCCACACAAGAGGACAAAUUUGCACGCAAAGCCUUCCGCACCGUCUGCAUUCAAACUGACAGAGAGACCUUCGUCAAAAGCCAUGGCGACGGGAAGAGGAGAGACUGUCCCCAAACUCAGCAGCAGGGGGUGACCCCCAAAAAACUAGACUUGGCUUCUAUCAGCUUGAGCCUGGCAGCUCAGAAAGAGGGGGGGCCACCGUGUCAGUCUGCGGGACACCACGCACCAAGCGAUAAUAUCAUUCCACCUCCUCCACCUCCACCUCUGCCAUGUUCGUCGCCAAUGCCGACCGACAAACAAUCAAACGCCCCCCCGCCACCUCCACCGCCGCCUCCACCUGCUCCAUUUAUGCCGCACGCAGCACCUCCAACUCCUCCAUCCAUCUCAGAUUUAACUUCAUCAACGCCGCCGUCUUUAUUUGCAACUCCCAGAAAACCUGUGGUGGAGCCUUCACGUCCCAUGAAGCCGCUGUACUGGACCAGAAUUCAGAUUGAGGACAAAAACAACACACUGUGGAAUGUUUUGGAAGAGCCACAUAUCAUGAAUGCAGUUGAGUUUGAGGAUCUGUUUGCCAAAACCACCACACGACUCAAAAGAAAACCACUGGUGGAGAAUUACGAGAAGAAGGCAAAAGCCAGGAAGAUCAUUAAGCUGCUGGACAGUAAACGCUCUCAGACUGUCGGCAUCCUCAUAUCAAGCCUCCACUUAGAGAUGAAAGACAUCCAACAAGCUGUUCUGACUGUGGAUAACUCUGUGGUGGACAUUGAGACUAUUGAGGCGCUGUAUGAAAAUAGAGCUCAGCCAGAGGAGCUGGAGAAGAUCAAGACACAUUGCAACACAUCUCAGGAAGAGGAGGUUAAACUCUUGGACAAACCUGAACAGUUCUUGUAUGAGCUCUCGCAGAUUCCAAACUUCGCAGGCCGAGCUCGCUGCAUCAUUUUCAAGGCAGCCUUCAACGACGGGAUGGCGUCCAUUCAACACAAACUUGAGAUUAUCUCCUGUGUGAGUGAGGCUCUGCUGGAAAAAGGUGGUGUGAAGGAAGUGCUAGGACUGGUCUUGGCUUUGGGGAAUCACAUGAACGGAGGCAACAGGAUCAGAGGCCAGGCUGACGGCUUCGGUCUAGAGAUCCUUCCAAAACUCAAAGAUGUCAAGAGCAGGGACAAUCGCAUCAGCCUGGUGGACUAUGUGGUAUCAUACUACCUUCACAAUGUUGACAAGAAUGCCGGAACAGAAAAGAGUACUUUUCCACUUCCUGAACCUCAGGAUGUCUUCCUGGCAGCGCAGCUCAAUUUUGAGGACCUCAAUGCAGAGCUGAGAAGGCUUGGGAGAGAUCUAACGGGAUGUGAAAAGGACGUGCGGAAGGUUUGCUCAGACUCCCCUGAGGAACAUCUGCAGCCAUUUAAAGACAGAAUGGAGACGUUUCUUCUCAGUGCACGUAAAGAACAUGUUGGAGCUUCCUGUCAGCUGAUGACAGCACAAAAACGUUUCCAGGACUUGUGUGAGUACUUUGGCCUGAAGCCGAAAACGGGAGAAACGGAGGUGACGUCCAGUCAUUUCUUCAUGCUUUGGUUUGAGUUUUGUGCCGACUUCAAGGCCAGGUGGAAAAGGGAGAAUCGGAACGUCACUAAAGAAAGGUUAAAAGAGGCCCAGCAGUCAGUGAGGAGGAUCACAGCAGAGAAGAACGUGGAGACCAGAAAGAUAAUCCCUAACAGUCUGAAAGAACGACUGCGGCAGAAGGAAGCUAACAUGAUCUCAAUUUAAAAUUGGAGAAUGAAAAACAGAAAUGAUAUUUAGAAUAUAUCGUGGAACCUCUGAAGUCCGUCCAUCCGUGCAUCCAUUUUCUAUUCCGCUUGUCCUAUCGCAUCUGACUUUGGGCGAACGGCGGGCCGUACCUCGGAGUGCUCGCCAGGUAAUUGCAGGGUGCAUGUACAAGAGACAAAUAAACAUUCACGCCCAUUGGAGUCUUCCAUGAGCCUCACGUGUGUUUUCCGAAUGUGGGAGAAAGCCCAAGUACCCGAAGAAAACCCACACAAGCACGGGACAAAAUGCAAACCCACACAGGAAUGCCUGAGCCGAGAUCCGAACCCAGACGCUCUCGAUUGCGUGACAGAUGUGCGUCGUCCUCGCGUCCCCCACGCUGUUGUAGAACAGGAAGUGGAACCUUUUGUGAUGAAGUGGUCCACAAGUCUCCAUUUUGGCUUCUUACUAGAAUACGGCUAAAGCAACAUUGGUCAACAACAUGAUAUAAUAAGAAAGGAAUGUACACUCUAAAAACAGAUGUAAUUUGCCUUUUUAGUCACAAAAAAACCUUUCUUGCACUGCAGGGGUUAACUUGUUUUUAAUACGUGAGCGUUAAUAAUGUUAAAACGUUGCGUCUACAGUUAAUAAAGACUCUUAUGAUGGCCCUUAUGUAAGCCUGGAAAUUACAGUAUAUUCAUUUCUAUUACUCCUAUCGGACUCAAUUUUCUUAAUACCAUCUAAUCUUAAGUUUGACCUUAGAGGUUCCACUAUACUAAGUGUAUCAUUGUUGUCCUCACUGAGCUGGACCGGAAUGGAUCAGGGAACUGAACUCUUUAAAAGGUUGUAUUUUCUGUCGGUGACGACUUUACUGCUACUGAAAAUGUGGAUAGAAAAAAAUGAUUCUUUCACCACUAUCCACCCAAUGUUUUUCUACCACUUAUCGUUUUCAGGGUCACCGGUGAUCCUGAGCCGACGUAUAAGCAAAUCUCUUGUGAGUCUUAAAAUAUUGAUCCACUAAUAAAUAAGUCAUUAUAAUUGUGUGA